AGCAUCCACGCCGUCAAGUUCAAUCUCAUUAUCAGUGCGCUAAUGCCUGCUGAGUCAUUUGAGGAGGAGGGGCUUGAGAGGAUACCUGAUCUCCGUUUGUCGCAAUGGCUUUUUCAGGCGGGCCUGAACAGAACUGCUACGAAGUCAAGGCCGUUGUUGACUAAUUUAAUAAUGGACGUAGUUAAAUCUGAGAGUAUGUUCGAUCUUAUGCAAUUCAUUUUACUCCUAUCUUGUCUUGGAUUUCUUUUUUGCCGGUACUGGAAUGCGAACCAACGAGGACUUUCCUACAUUUUAGAUAUGACCCCAUUUUACAAGAUCGUCUGCAAGCAACUACAUCUUCUCGAGAAUCAAAAACUCAUAGCGGAGAUGCAGAAAGCAAAUGAUGAAAAAUUUAAAGAGUUAGAUGAAAACAUUAAAAAGGCUGAAGAAUCGGAUGGGGAAACGGAAAUUCGUGAGGCUAUGAUUGCGAAGGCGCAUUACCUCAGUAAGAUCGGCAACAAAACAGAUGCUCUGGCCCAAUUUCGUGCUAUUCUUGACAAAACCGUACUACCCGGAUGUAGACUUGACAUAACUUUUCACCUUAUUCGUAUGGGCUUUUUUCACAAUGAUCGGGAUCUUAUUACUGCCAAUAUCGAGAAGGCGAACAGCCUCAUCGAAGAAGGAGGCGAUUGGGAUCGUCGGAAUCGUUUGAAGGUUUAUCGAGGCCUUCAUAGUCUUUCCAUUCGUGACUUUGAUGCCUCCGCUAAGCACUUUUUGGACGCCGUUGCGACUUUCACUAGUUACGAAUUGAUGGAUUAUAAGAGCUUCAUCAUUUAUACUGUACUUACAUCGAUGAUAGCUCUUAAACGUCAGGACCUUCGUGCUAAGGUGAUUAUGGGGUCCGAGAUACAGGAAGUCCUUCACAGUCUACCUGCCGUCAGAGAGUACCUGAUGUCUCUGUUCGAAUGCAGAUACGCCGACUUCUUUUUAUACUUGGCUGGAGUGGAGCAAUUCAUGCACUCAGACCGGUAUUUGGCGGCCCAUGCACGUUACUACGUUCGUGAGAUGCGGAUCCGUGCCUACACACAGCAUUUGGACUCCUACAGCAGUCUCAGUUUGGAAAGCAUGGCGGCCACUUUUGGUGUCACCAUGAGUUUUCUGGAUGCUGAGCUCUCCAGAUUCAUUGCAAAUGGUCGAAUUGCUUGCAAAAUCGAUAAGGUCACUGGAAUUGUGGAGACAACACGUCCAGAUAAUGUCAACUCGCAGUAUCAGGCAAUGAUAAAACACGGCGAUGUUCUGCUCAACCGCAUUCAAAAGCUCAGUCAGGUCAUCAACAUUUAA